AUGUGCGCAGACGGGAAUGUUUUUUCUUGGUCACUGCGCAUAACCAUUGUUGCUCCAUUCCUCGCAACUGAACUAAGAAAGUGUCGGCAUGAAGUUUUCGUUUAGGAAAAGAGUGAGGGGCAGAAGAUGAGUUUUCAUGGCUGCGAACAUUUAAAUAGCUUUAAAGCAGUCAACGGUACCCGAUCAUUCCAUAUAAUCUACUCUUACUUCAUAGCGUGUUCCUCUGCCGAGGCACGCCGAGUGAAGUGUUUCUUCCAGGCAAGGUCAUGUUUCUGCCACACUUGUCGUCAGCAGUGUCUUCGUAUCCAUGCCUGCUUGUCCUGUGUCUACUUUGGAUGCUACAGUGACAUGCAUAUCCAAAACCAUGCCAAGACUAAAAAGCAUAGCCUGUCUGUUGACCUGAAAUGUGGGACAGUGUUUUGUGUUAUCUGCAAUGACUUCGUCUAUGAUGAAGAGUUGGAACGAAUUGCAAAAAAACAAAAUCAGGCUGCAGCAUUGUCAUUGGGAAUCAAGCGACAGUUUGCUCCUUGGGAACCCGACCAGGAUGAAAUUGAAAUCCUGCGGAGAAACCCAAAGAGAAGAAGGGUGUCAGAAAAUUCUCAUAUAGGUUUGCGGGGUCUUAUCAACCUAGGCAACACCUGUUUUAUGAACUGUAUACUCCAGUCACUGACACAUACUCCCAUAUUGAGGGACUACUUUCUUUCUGACCAACAUCGCUGCCACAUGACUGAAGACCCACAGCAGUGCUUGGUCUGUGAGAUGGGGCGCCUCUUUCAAGAGUUCUACUCGGGUGUAAGAACACCAUAUAUCCCCUACAAGCUCCUGCAUCUGGUGUGGACUAAUGCUCGACACUUAGCUGGCUAUGAGCAGCAGGAUGCUCAUGAGUUCCUCAUAGCAGCAUUGGAUGUGUUGCAUCGCCACUGUCAGGGGACAAAUGGAGUGAGCUAUGGUAACCCACACCACUGCAACUGCAUCAUUGACCAAAUAUUUACGGGUGGUUUACAGUCUGAUGUUACCUGUAAACAGUGCAAUAAUGUUUCAACAACGAUUGACCCUAUAUGGGACAUUUCACUGGACCUUGGGCCAGGACCUGGGCCAUCCCCAUCAUGUGCUGCUGCCGCCGCUGCUGCUGCUGCUGCAGCCAACAGUGCCACAUCAACUGCUGCCACUGCAACUGCCACAGCUGGAGUGGAAGCUGGUGGUGUGUCUGUUGGCAAUACAGCAUCUGCUGUCUCUGACAGUACCACAACUGCUAAUCUCUCGCCUGCCUCAGGUUUUACAAAUAGCCCAAGCAACUAUGAACCUACCUCACUCACUGAAUGCUUAAAGAGAUUUACACGUCCAGAGCACUUGGGCAAUUCGGCCAAAAUCAAGUGCAGCAACUGCCACAGUUACCAAGAGUCCACAAAGCAGCUGACCUUGAAGAAGUCACCCAUAGUGGCGUGUUUCCAUCUCAAGAGGUUUGAGCAUUCCACAGGCUAUCACAAAAAGAUCUCAACCUAUGUAUCAUUCCCUGAGGAGCUGGACAUGACUCCCUUCAUGUCCUCCUCUCGAAACAACAGUAACGGUUACACUAACCAAAUUGUACGUGAGUCAGCCAUCGGCCUUUCCUGUGAUAACAAGUACUCCCUAUUUGCCGUUGUGAACCACAGUGGCACAAUAGAAUCAGGUCACUACACCUGCUUCAUUCGCUCACACAAAAACCAGUGGUUCAAGUGCGAGGAUCACAUCAUCACCCGAGCAACAGCUGGCGAGUUAUUUGCUGUUCUACCACAAACAACUACUAGAGUAUACAUAAUACUUGGCAGAGACAAUCCAACAGAUGAUGAUAUAUACCUCCUCUUUGCGGGACCUCAUUACUGCUUAGACCACAUCACCACAGCAAAAGAAGACAUUCUGGAAAAGAAAGUUACAGUUGUCCUUGUGUGAGGGUUUGUGUUGUUUUUAGGGGGAGGGGAAUGAGAAUUUGGUUUGCAUAUUUGCCUAAAGGCAGGGGAGCUGGUAAAAGUUUCAAACAACUUGGUUCAGUACCUGAUUCAUACAUAAUUCUUUGUAGAAACUGUUUUUCAUUCAUUGUAAAUAGCUCUCUGUGUUUACUUUCAUGAAAUGGUUUUAUUUUUGAAAGUUGUGAGGUAAAAUCUGUUGAUGUAAUUUAAGUCUACUUAUAUAAAACCUGUGGUGCUUUGCUGGGAAAGCAAAGAUGGUUAUGCAUGGUGGGGCUUGCGAGUGAAAGUGGGAGGAGAAAAGAAUGUGUGUUUGCAAAUUUGCCAAUCAGUCAUGGCAAACCUCCUAGACAUCCACUGAUCAAUUGUCUUUACAGACCUGUUGUCACUAAGAUGGAUGAUAGCAGGCUGCUGCAUUUACUGGUGUCUUUUGGUUAUGUGUCAGUGUUCUUCACCUUUGACAGAGUAUGUGAUCUGAAGCUGAAGGGAACAAAUUGGCAUGCUCUCUGUUAAAUUGCUCAAUAUGAAUUGCAAAUCAACAUCUUCACAAACAGAAGGAUAUGGGUUUGUAAUCAGCAUUAAAUUUGUGCAUCAUUACUUUCUCUUCCUCAUCCUGUACUCAUUCUCAGUGCAGUUUUUGUUUCUGCGUGAAUGAACAUCGUUUACUUGUGACAGCUUCUUUAUUGAACAAAUCAAAAUGUUGUUCCCACAUUCGUGAUAGUAGUAGAGAUUGGGAGACCCUGAUAGAAUAGUACUAUGAAAACAGAGAACAGUAGAAAGGAUUUUCAAGAGCACUCUAGAAAGCUUGUUCACCAUGAAAGCUAAAUUUUAGAGCAGUCCUCUUGUUUGAAGAAAGGGUAGGCACUAGAAAGUGUUGUGCAAACUUUCUGCUGAAUACUUCAUUUGCCAAGUGAUGAACGUAAGAGACUGCUACACAAUGCUAUUUUAAGGGUGUAGUUUGACCUAAUUAAAUGACAAUUAAAGCUUCAUAUUUUCUCUGUAUUAAGACUUGCACAAAAAUGUGAUACUUGGUAGACAAAGGCACAAUCCUUUGCCUGGAUGAAUUUUUUUUUUUGAUUGGGUAGAAGCUGUCGGGUGGAGUGCUCAGUAAGUUAUGGUCUCUUGUGUUGAGUAAUUUUCUCUUGUUACUCAUCAAGUUUUUUUGCAUAGAAAAGUGAUUUGGAGAGCCAAACUAAGUAAUAAGAGACCAAGCUUCAGUACAAAAAUUCAUGAAAUUUUUGAAAUAGCUGUUCAAAUCAUGAUGGAAGGUUUUUCAACAUGCAAGAUAUAAAAGGAGAUAUAGAGCUAGCCACAUUUAAUUUUUCAGAUAGUAGUAACUUUUAUUGCUUGAGUAAAUUAUUUUUAUCAGACAUGUGUCUUGAUUAUUUCUUCAAGGCUUUGUUGAAUUUCUUUAGAAAAGCUUAGAUGAUAAUCUUAGUACAAGAUUAGAUAUGUCAUCUUUUAGGUUUAUCUUUAACGUUUAAUGGUAAUAAUUCUACACUAUAGUUUUAGCAUUCAGUACUGAUGUUUCCAUAAGUGUUUCGCUUGCUAUGUUACAGCAAAGCCGUUUUGUCAUCAUGAUCAGGAAUCAGUAGUAAUCAGAGUGGUGGGCAUGUGUGCUUAAACGCAUGCUUGUGUCGGUGCAUGUGUUAGCUAAUGGUUGGGCCUAAUCAUUGGUGCUUUCUUUUUUCUUUAAUCAUAACUGAUUGUUCUAUUACUAGGUGACGUGGAUCAUAGAAGCCAUUGAUUAUGUGUUUCAAUAGGGCACUUGUAUUUAUACUUACUGAAAAAUUAUGAAAUGAUCUUUUCAUUUACCUCUGUCAUCAUCAUGGUCAUGUUGAUCACUGUCUGGAGGUAUGUGUGAUAAUAGAAUUAAAACUGAAUACAUCAUGAAUGAUAUCAGCAGAUUAGAGAGAUAUUCCGCCUUGUCAUGACAAAGCUUACACUUCUGUUAUUUGCUGAAAACAGGUCAGCCUGUAAUGAGGGCUGCAGUUUGAAACAAUAAUUUCACACCUGCUGUAUCCUGUAGUGCUUGCUUGGUUUUUGUUUGCAUGUGUAUGUUUUUAGGUGAGAGACUGUGUUACGUUUAAUGUAGAAUGAAUUGCUACAUUAUUGUUUUUUCUGGCCAUUUUUUGUGUUUCCCUGUUCAAACUUUUCAUUUUUCCUUGCAAGUAGAUGUGGGUUGCUGCUGAGUCACUGCACCCCUGCAUCUUGCAUCCUUGUGGGUCCAUGAGCCAUGUUCAUAGCCGCCCUUUCCUUCUCUUUCUUUCAUCCCACCGCUUUGGCCUUCCCUUGCUCUUGCUGUGAUUAUUUUGGUCUGUAGGACUUCAGGAACAAAACUGCUGAUAUGUGUGAUUUGAAGGACGUUAUUUGAUACUGUUUUUGUCUUUGUGUGGAAAACCACAGAAUUUACUUCAUGCAGUAAAAUUCCAGUAGAACUGUAAACUCAUCCCUUCAUUUCUCAUUUACCAACAAUGUGCAGGCAAACUUUCAGUUAGAAUAGCCAACUGGUUGAUACUGUGCUGAGUGUUUUUGUUGGUUUUGAGUAUGAUAGAGUCUAGUCAUCCACAUCACUGAGAUCAUUCAUAUGGGUUACCAUCGGCACAUCUUGAGCACUUUGUCUGCCUGUUCCAGAAGAGUUACCACUCAGCAGGAAAAAUGUAAUAAUCUUUGUUUCCAGAUAUAGUUGGAGCACUUAAGAGUAUUUCAAGGGAGACUGAUGGAUGACUUCAUAGAUACCUCUCAGUUUUAAAAAAUGUGUUUUCUUCUGCACUGGUAAGCUAUUAAAGAAGGUUCUACUGGCAAUUGUGGAGUUGAUACAGAACUGCAAGUUAGUUUGUAAUUAUUUAUUCUAAGCCCAAACCCACUUUGAUGCUUUCAGUUAUUAUAUAUGUCCUGUCCAUUGUGUGAAACAAAACAGCUGUAUCAUCAUGAGGUGCAGAUAAAAUGUUAGAAGGUUGAUUGUCUAGCUCUCUCUUUUUAGUGGAUAUGUGUGUGUGUGUGCAUGCGUGCGCAUAAUCUGCACUUGUUUGUGUGUAUGCAUGUGUCGGAACUCAUUCAGUAACCUGUAAGUGCACACACUUGGUAUCACAUUAAAAUGUAUAUUGGCUGCGUUUUUGACCAGAAAAGUGGUCUCUGCACUUGUCAGACAGCAGAUUUACCUGAUGUUUCAUGAGCUAUGCUUGUCAGAACAAAGAGUUAAUCUUUGCUUAUGUGUGGCUAACCUGUCAUGUUUUUCAACAGUCUGCUUCAUUUCAGAGUAUUUUUAUGCAGUCUUGCUUGUAGAGUGCCAACCAUUUUCAUUUGGUAAGCAGAAGUAGAGAAAAGGUGAUGAGUUCUCAGGGUCUUCUUCUUUUUUUUUUUUUAAAUCCUUGAUUUCUGUGGUUAUGUUUAUUUUGCAUACAUUUGAUCUCCAAACAUCCUCUGUGUUUCAGUAAACAUAUUUUUAAAAAUGUAUCAAUGUGCAGUUUUCAGACUUGUACAUAUUUUAUGUGCAUUGUAGCAUAAAGGAAGCGCUCUUAACAUUACAGUGAACAGUUAUUACUGAGAAGUUACUUGCUUAAAAGCAAUUUCAUAGAAGAUGAAUUAUUGGUUUGGAUCUUGCCAAUGAAAGCUUUUCUUCUGGUAUCUUUGUAUAUUUUCCAACCUUAAAUGAAUUGUAGUCAGUAAAGAGAGUCUUUUUUUAAAACUUCCCUUACCAUUUUUAUAAUUGCAUUAGGAAACAUCAUUGUGCUCUAGAUGUGUCUCGGGUGUUGCAUUUUAUGGUGUGCCUAAGAGGUAGUAUCAUACACAGAGGAGAAGAAAGUGCAAGUUAUUUAUGACUCAUUUUGGAGAAAGUUCACAAUUAAAUAUUUGUGACUGUUGCUGAAAAGGUUAUUUAUAAUUAAGAAAUAAUGCGUAAAUCAAAUUCAUUUAAAAGAACAAAUGAAAGGCAUUUUUGUCGUUGAGAUUUGUGGUAUAAAAACUUGUGAAGAAAAAGGUCAAGUACAAAAAACAACCCACAAGUAAAUUAGAAUUUUCAAGUUUACAGAUAAGAAGAAAACGGCUUCUGAUAGGUUGAUAUAGUAAUAUGUGUAUUAUUUUAUACUAACAAGGUAAAUGUAGACAAAGAUUUUUAGCUUGUGAAUAUAUGAAAGUUGUGUGAACAUUUUCUAAGAAAUGCUUAUUACCUGGAUCUUUUAAUUUUCAGACUGCAGUUUGAUAUGUGUGACAUUUAUAUGAUGAUGUGACAUAGUUGUGGAGAUGUUUGAUGUGAAGAACUGCCUAACCAUCGAUCAUUAUGUUGCCCUCUUUAUUUAGAUGGCUUGCAUUUCUACAGCCAUUUGUUUGCUCUUUGUAUCCAUACUUACAUAUGAUUAGAUCAGUGACAAGUCUGAGAGUAAAAAGGGCAUGCUUGUUUACAUGUUAAUAUCAAAUUAUUUCGUCAUCUGGUGUAUAAUUCAUUGUGCUGUGCGCUUGUUAUACACAUUUCACUCAUGAGAUAUUGUGUUGAAAUUGAUGGACCGAGGCGUUUGCGAGGGAAUCACAAUGGUAUGAUGAACAUUUGCAAGGCGACACCUGUGUUAUGUACGAUCUUGAGUAUGUUCAUGUUUUGUUAUUUUUUUUGUGUGUGGUGUUAAUGUGUUUUUCCCAGAUCUUACAGAGCUAGAGCCCUGACAUGAAUGAUCAUGUGUGAGUGCGAAUAAAUCAUUGUUGUAUGCUUGAGAA